AUGCGGACACACUUUUCGUUAGGACCCUUCCUUGGGGUGGUCCUUACCCUCGUCUUUGCGACCAUCGCCGCCAAAGGCCACACCGUCAUCGUUUACCCCGGAUGGAGAGAAAACAACCUACAUAGUAACGGAACAGUCGAUGAGACUGGUGGAGCCGGUGUUGCGAUCAGAGCGAAUAGCUCGGAAUUGCUAUAUCCAUAUGGAAUGCAAUGGAUUUAUCCAUAUUUCACGGCUAACGAUGUUGUCAAACCAGGUGGUGGAACUGUUACUAGCCAGAACCGAACCAAAUGGCCUGUCAACGGCGGCGCUAUCUCAUUCCAGCCUGGCUGGUUUCCCGGCCAUAAAACCGCCCUCAUCUACAUAAACCUCGGAAUGGGAACAACGCCAUUGAACAUGAGUCUCCCCAUGGUUUCUCCAUUCCAGAUCGUUGGACCCACUGUUGCGCCAUACCCCGGAACAUUCUGCCUGCCUCAGGUUCCGCUACCUGCAAACAUCAGCGUGAACAUUGGUGAUAAUGCCACUAUUCAAGUUGUUGAAGCAGCACGCCAUGGCGCAGUCCUCUACAACUGUGUCGAUAUCACGUUUGCUGACCCCAAGGAUGUUGAGCCCGUUACAAGAGAGAACUGUUUCAACUCUACAAACAUCACUUCCAGCACCAUCUACGCCAUCCCAGACAAGCCAACCAACACCGCACAUACUACCGCCAUAUUUACCGCCCUUGGAGUAAUGCCCCUCCUCCUUGCCGGCUACUACUUCAGCAUAAUGUUUUAG